AUGACUGAUAGUUCAAUUGAUAACUACCAAUGUUACAUUGGAUGUCUUCACCACUCAAUUGGAGAUGAGGAAUUUCUAACCUUAGCUAAAUGUUUUUCAACCAAUGUAGUUUGUUCGAAGAUUGUGAGGAGCCAGAGCUCCAGCACGCACCUGGGAUACGGGUUUGUGCAGUAUACUGACCACCACUCCUCCGACGAGGCCAUAAUUCUCAUGCAAGGAGUGUACGCCAAGGGGUUUCCCCUGGUAGUAAGAUCCACCUCCAACUACACUUCGUCCUUCGAUAAUGAGCAGCCGCAGUCCACAACUAACACCACGGUCCACGUGAGCAACUUAAGCGACGACACGACCAAGGAGGAGGUGAUGGACUUGGCGAAGCGCUUUGGGGACGUUGAGUCAAUCAACAUGGUCACUGACCGGACAAUCUCGUGUUUCUGGGCUCUGCACUCAAAUGAACCGAAGUCGUACGAUCGCAAAUUAAUAGACAAGGAGCGGGAGGACGAGGUAAAUACACUCUAA